UUUUUUCUUUUCUUUUGCAGGUGUACCUGUAACUCAUGCCUUCCCGGUGCUCUUAGCUUUCCUCCUCCUGUUCACAGAAAGCCCCCUUUUUCCUUGAGACGCUAGAAUACAGUGCCGACAAAGUUAAAGCUGUGUAGAUGUUAAGAAAGGUUUUGGGGCUGGCCUGUAGGCUGACUUGUCCUGAUACACAGCUUCAGAUACCCGUUAUGGCUUCGUCAUCAACACCUAAAUAUAAUUCAAAUUCUUUGGAGAGCUCCUCAAUUAAAAGGACUCUGAAAGAUGGAACUAACUGGGAACAAAAUGAGGAAAUACCUCGUCUGCCAGGAGAAACUAGAGUUACAGACAAAGAUGUUAUUUAUAUGUGUCCAUUCAAUGGCCCUGUUAAAGGACGAGUGUACAUCACAAACUACAGACUGUACCUAAGAAGCGUGGAAACUGACCCGGUUGUGGUAUUGAAUGUUCCUUUGGGUGUAAUUUCAAGGAUUGAAAAAAUGGGAGGAGCUUCAAGCAGAGGAGAGAAUUCUUAUGGAUUAGAUAUAACUUGUAAAGAUAUGAGAAACUUACGGUUUGCGUUAAAACAAGAGGGUCACAGUAGAAGAGAUAUAUUUGAAGUCCUCACAAAACAUGCUUUUCCCCAGUCACACAACUUGCCUUUUUUUGCUUUUGCAAAUGAAGAAAAGUUUUCCGAAAAUGGAUGGAUGGUGUACAAUCCAAUGUGCGAAUACAGGAGACAAGGACUGCCCAAUGAACGAUGGCGAGUAACUUUCAUUAAUGAACAUUAUGGACUCUGUGACACGUAUCCAUCGCUCUUAGUAGUGCCAUAUAACGCAACAGAUGACGACCUCAAGAAAGUUGCUGCCUUUAGAUCCCGAAAUAGAAUCCCGGUUUUGUCAUGGAUUCAUCCAGAGAAUCAAGCUGUUAUUAUGCGCUGCAGUCAGCCCCUUGUUGGAAUGAGCGGCAAACGGAAUAAAGAUGAUGAAAAAUAUCUUGAUAUCAUCAGGGAAGCUAAUGGGCAAAUAUCAAAACUGACCAUCUAUGAUGCUAGGCCCAAUGUCAAUGCAGUGGCCAACAAGGCAACUGGUGGAGGAUAUGAAAGUGAAGAUGCAUAUCCCAAUGCAGAACUCUUCUUCUUGGACAUUCAUAAUAUUCAUGUCAUGCGGGAAUCUUUAAAGAAGUUGAAGGACAUUGUUUAUCCUAAUGUGGAAGAAUCACACUGGUUGUCUAGUUUGGAAUCAACCCAUUGGUUAGAACAUAUAAAGCUUGUCUUGACAGGAGCUAUUCAAGUGGCAGACAAGGUAUCCUCAGGAAGGAGCUCUGUGUUAGUUCACUGUAGUGACGGUUGGGACCGGACAGCACAGCUAACGUCACUGGCCAUGCUGAUGCUAGACAGCUACUACAGAACAAUUGAAGGUUUUGAAGUUCUGGUGCAAAAGGAGUGGAUAAGCUUUGGACACAAGUUUGCAUCGAGAAUAGGCCAUGGUGAUAAAAAUCAUGCUGAUGCAGACAGAUCGCCCAUCUUUCUCCAGUAUAUUGACUGUGUGUGGCAGAUGUCUAAACAGUUUCCUACAGCCUUUGAAUUCAAUGAGCAGUUCUUGAUUACAAUCCUGGAUCACUUGUACAGCUGCCGGUUUGGUACUUUCUUGUACAACAGUGAAUCUGUUAGAGAAAAAGAGAAAGUGACUGAGAAAACAUUGUCAUUGUGGUCUUUGAUAAACAGUGAAAAAUCUAAAUUCACCAAUCCUUUUUAUACUAAAGAGCUAAAUCGAGCACUCUAUCCAGUAGCCAGUAUGCGUCACCUAGAACUUUGGGUCAAUUAUUACAUCAGAUGGAACCCAAGAAUUCGGCAACAACAGCCAAAUCCAGUGGAGCAGCGUUACAUGGAGCUCCUUGCGUUACGUGAUGAUUAUAUGAGGAGACUUGAAGAACUACAGAUCACAAAUAAUUCUAAAAUACCCAAUUCAUCAGCCUCAUCAGCAUCUUCCUCGCAAAUGAUGUCCCAAGUACAAACACAUUUUUGAAGAAAAUGUUGGCUUCUUUCUACAGUGUAAUAGCAAGAGAGGUGAUUAACAAGGAGGCGUAGUAUAAAGACAAAUGUUUUAAUGCCUUACAUUGGAUUGUGACAUUGGAUUGUGUCCUAACACAAAAUAUUUUAGACUGCCUUCAUUUAAGGAGGACUUAAAAACACACAAAACCAACUCUUUAAAUAUGUGCCUUUCGGAACCUGUGGAUUGGGAAUGUUAAUAACCAACUUCUAGUUAUGGAGUGCUUAGACUUAUUUUGGAAAGUCUGGUACAAUUAAAAUGAAAUUGAUUUAUUGUUUUUUCUAAGAAUGCUUUAGUUUAUGACACUUAGGUCAUAUUCCUGUAAGGAAAUUCAUGCUUGAUCUUACAUGUUGUGAAUAAACAUGCUAAUGUCAAUAGGAAUAUUCACAUUGUGUAAAAUUAGGUAUGUGUGUAAUCCUUUUAGGAAUAAGACUGUGGCCUUGAGACAAAAAUAAUUUAUAUCUUAAGAUUUCAAACGGAAGUGUUGAAAUGUUCUAGUUACCUGAGGAUCCCAAUUUCUGUUUUAAAUGAAAACGUGGAAGGAAUUUCUCUAUACUUCUAAGUAAACAGUUCAGAUUGCUCAGUAGGUAUCAAUCCAAGAAAAAUCUAAUUUUUAUUUUUUAAACAUGCAGAUUGAACUGGAUUCUGAGAAGUCAUAUUUUGGUUAACUGCUGAGCCUUACAGUAUACUACAGAUUAUCAGUGUUGGCUGUAUUGGUUCUGUGGAUUCUUACAGAAUAAGAAUGGUUUCCUAAAAAAGCUUAUAUAAUUUAAAAAAGACCCACAGGGACGUUGCUUAAAUAUCCAACAAGAGCAAUUGUCUUAAAGCUUGUGUAUGGCUUCUAAAACUAAAUGUGCCUAUUUAGAGCAGCUUUUAUACCAAAGUAGGCAAAAAUUCUCGGUUACAAAUACUGUUAAACUUAUAAAUAUAUAGCUUACUGUUUAAUGUAUAUUUAGCUUUGGUUAAUGAAUUUAUUCUUAAGUAUUUAAAGGGACUUCAGUAUACAGGAUUUGCAUAUAGUAUGUGCACUUACAUUGAAUCUUUCAGUGAAUUCUGGCUUGAAGCCUUCAUUUCAGAGGCUUCUUGUAAACCUUUCUAAUUUGCUCCUUUCAGGUAUUUUUAAUAGUUGCAAGCACUUAUGACUGCACAAACCUUGCUACUUGAUAUGUAAUUAAUGUUUUGCAUAUUCUCAGAAUUUUAAUGAUAGUCAGGCAAUCCAGGAAAUCUUGCCAUUCAGAAUAUGUAGAGGACUCUAAUAUUGUUAUUUUAAAGGAAAGGUUUUGAUGCUUGAGGCUUCGAUCAUUGUAAAUUAUUGUACAUGUGAGUUUUGAUCUGCAAAAUAUAAUAGGAUUAUGUAUAAAUUUAAGUUUUGUGCAAGUGUAUAUAUAAUAUAGUUUAUUAGAAAUUCUCCAGGUUUAUGAAGUGUAAAUAUUUUGCUUAUGAAACUAAAUUUAAAGCUAUAGUUCCAUAAAGUAAGUCAAAGUUUAGAGGACACCUGAAUAUUUUUAGAAACAGUAUUUUUUCAAAGAAAUAGAUUUACCACCUCUUUAAUUCAGUAUAUACACUGAAUUGCACUAUUUUUUCAGGGACGUUCAGAAGAUACUGCGUGUGUGUUUUCUAAAUGCACAUGACUUAUACACACUUAUUUUUGUCCUCUAAAUCUCGUUCUCCCUUGGAUGUUUUUCAGUGUUUCCAAAGUAACAGCAUUUAAUCUUGUAAUCCCAAAAUCUUGGUAUGUUAAAUGGGAUGCGUUGCAUCUGAUGAAGAAUGAUACUCAAUUGAUAAUGGUAAACUUUAACUUUACUACGUUUUGAAAACGGCAUACUCUGGUAUAUUUGCCUUCCACUUGCUUCUGGCCUAUAAAAAGGAAAAAAAAAAGCUAAUUUUAUUGAAAUAUUUGAAGUUUCUGUAUCUCAGUUGAGUGCACUGAUGUCAUCUCUGAGCAGUAUGGAGGAGUGCAGAAAAUCUAACAGUUUUUACUGUGUAAAUGCUACCUGAUAGCCCAUUGCAUUUGUGAAAGUGUAACAUUUGAAAGGAUUUUUUUUUCCCCACUUCAUUGCCUAUAUACUGUUCUUCAUAUUACCGGUUCAGCUGAAUUUCAUUCUUUGAAAAUCUAACAUAGCUAUGUGUGCGCUUGGAUUUUUUCAAGUCAAUGAAUAAAAUAUUUGUUUUAAUCCUAUUAAAAAUUGUGAUAUUAAUUAGAAAAA